AUGAUCGAGUUGUAUUUCUUCACAAACCGGGCAACCACGAAAGACGUGGUACUAUUGCCUGCACUAUGCCACGAUGUGGCUCUUUUCUCCGUAGCUUUACAGCUUAUGCUCCUUGUGCUGAUCCUUUGCUAUGCUUGCGUCAAGGCUCUGUCCGAGCGCCUGGCCAACUUCUCGCGCGCAAGGAGCGUUGCCGCAGAGGAGGCCGCAGACGAGCAGGCUCCAAAGUUCAGGAUUGAGCUGCAGCCGCCGUGCAAAUGCCUGCGGUUCGCGGUGAAGUGGGAUCCCGACAUGCGGAACAUGAUUAACUGCCUCAAAGAGGAGGGUGAGGAAGCCCUCACUCCAUUCUUCGAAAGUGAGGUGUUCGUUUGGAAGCUGCGGAAGUACGUUCGCAACAUGGUCUCAAGUGCUGACAGAUUAAACCUCAAAAGAGACGUGAUCCGGCGUCGGCAACAGCAAGAGCUCAACGAAAGGACUGCCCAGAAGACGGCUGAGCAGGAGAUGCAAGAUCGACAGGCGUUGUUGGAGCUCUUUGGUCAAGUGGACCGACCUUCGGCCGCUGCUCAGGCACCAGUGGUACUAGAGCAGGCGCCUGUGGUGGAACCUUCGGAGAAGCCAGCGGCUUCCAUUGGGCUGCCAAUUGUGGCAGAAGAGGAUGACGCCCCGGAUCCAUUCCUUAAGAUGCUCGCUGAAACUUCACAAAAAAAGCCAACAGACCCCCAGAUGUCGCCGGAAGAUGCUGCUGCCCUAGCUUCCAUGAUGGCACAGGGGCCUACAAGCAGCUUGAGAGAAGGACGGCAGGCGGAGCAACCCAUGCUCAGCGCUACUCCGCAGGGGAAGCCAGACGAAGCCCAGUUGUCCCCCGAGGAUGCCGCAGCGAUGGCAUCGAUGAUGGCAGAGCAGCCUCCAAGCAGCACAAACACAGCACCUCAAUCUCAGCAAUCCGUGGCUGCCGAGUCACCGGAUGCCUUUAUGACAAUGCUCAUGGAGACCUCGAGGAAGAAGCUAGCGGACACGCAGAUGAUGCCAGAGGAUGCUGCAGCAAUGGCAGCCAUGAUGGCAGCAGAGCAGCCCUUGAAAGCAGAAGCGCCGAUUGAUGCUCAAUUGUCACAGGAGGAUGCUACCGCCCUGGCGUGUCUGAUGGCAGAGGAGCCCACCAGCAACUCUACCGAAACACCCCAGACAGAAGAGUCCUCAUGCAACACAGAUGGCUGGGGCGGUGAUGAUUGGUGGGCGCUCAUCGAUUCCAGUCUGUCACCACCAGAGGCAGCAGUCAAGCUCUUUGCAGCAAUGGGAAUCUCGGAAGACAUUGCAUUCGUCACAACUGCUCCUGUCGCGCCCACCAACACCACGAGAAGCGAGGACGCUUUCAAGGACUUUUGGGACAAUUUGGAUGCCGACAUAUCGCCAGAACUGGUGGCAGCUAACCUCGUGAGCACGGCCCAGUUCAUAGAGGCUUACUGA